AUGGAUCAAAGGAAGAAAGAAAUUAAUGGAUCAGGCGUUUUGCUUUGGGAAAUUUAUAAAUCAAAAAAGGAUGGGAGAAUGGGAUUAGCAGUAAUUUUGUUUGGUUCAAUGAGAAAAUCUGGUUUUGUUUAUAGUGACUGCGGUGGAGGAAUAAAUAGUUCAGAGGCAGUAGAGUUAGGAGCAUUGAGAGAGCUCUAAGAGGAAUCUUGCAAUUUAUUUUAGUUAGAAAAAAAGCAUCUGACUACUUAUGUGCAAACAAAAUAAUAUAUCUGUUAUAACAUAUUUUUAAAUAGCUUAUAAAAGGAUAUUAGAUAGAGUAUCUUCAAAGAUAAUUUACGUCUACUAAAAGAUGCUAACAGUCCACAUUCUUGGAGAGAAACAAAAGCUAUUAGAAGAUUCUUUAUUGACGACCUUGUUAAGCUAAAUAUUUAAAACAACCAAGAUUUCAAUUUCACCGGAAUUACUACUAGAGGAGAAUAGGUGAAUAUAUAGCUAAGAUGUGUUAAUGUAAUAAAAUAAGUAUUAAAUUAAAACAUUGUUAAUAUAAAAGAAUAAACCAUAUCUGCUCCUUCUCUAUAGAUAUCCUUAAAAAAUUACUAUCUACCUAAUGGAAGCAGAUUAACGUUUCUAUAAGGAACUAAAACAUUUUAGAUAGACUAGGCUUUUUUAGAUAUAUCAAGUUCAAUUUAGUAUUAGAAACAGAUAUAAUUAGCUAUAGAUCCUGAUAGAAUUCAUUUUAGUUAAGUAGUUAACAAUUAAAUUAAAAAUCAAAGUGAUGAGUAAGUCUAAUAAAACAGCGAUUAAAUAUAGUUAUUGUAGAGAAGUAACAUUUAAAAACCAUUUUAAGAUAUCCUCUAAAAUUAUACCAUCACAAACAAAACUUUGAUUUCAAAAAUUUAAGAGCCAAAAAAUAACAGAAGAGGAGGAGGAGUUCUCAUUUUAGCAACUAGUGAAAACGGAGAAUAAGGUUUAUUAUUGGUGAAGGACUCAAAAGAUAUAUGCAGUGAUAUGGGUGGAUCUUCAUCUCCUCAUGAAAUAGAUAUCAAAGAAGCUGGAAUAAGAGAAUUAAAGGAAGAAACAUCAAAUACAUUUAUUCUGAGUGACAUACACUUAAAUAACCAGCAUUCUAUCAGAAUUUAAAAUUAUCUAUGCAGUGUUGUUCAUAUUGAAGUGAAUAUUCCUCUUCUACAGAAAGUUUUUGAAAAUAACGUUUAGAUGCUAAAUAACUUGAGUUAGCAUGUUCCUAAAUGCUGGAGAAAUAAAAAAGAAAUUUUAUUCUUCCCAAUAUCGAAAAACACCCUCAAUUUCUAAUAAUUUGACAUAAAUGCUGAUUCAUAUUACUUAAUUGAUUCUAAGGGCAACAAAUGUCAAAUAAGAGACAGAACUGCUAUUAUCAUUCAUCAUUUGAUAAUUAGUCAGAUGUAUCUCUAUUUACCUAUCUAAAAGGUAGUCCUUGAAGAUAAUUCUAAUAGCGAAUUUCUCUACAAUGACGAGUUUAAAUUCUUACUAAAUACUCAUUCAUUUGUAUUUGUGUGA